AAAACAGCCCAAGGCUUGCCUCAAUUGCAUGGUUUCCCGACUCCUCAGCUCCAGAAGACCAGGCAGACGGGUGGACCGGUGAGCAGCGGGGCAGCAGCCCCUGUGCCUCUGUCUCUGCCGAGUCACUCGGAAGCCCGGCAGGCAGCGAGAAGAAGGGGGUUUGUCCAAGGACAGAAGGUGGGAUGAGGAGGCAGGCAGGGAAGAUGAAGGGAGAGGUGGAUCCCGGGUAAGACGAAGGCCCUUCCCGGCCCUGCGGAUCAGUGACAAACAGCGGGGAGAAGCCGUUCUGGCUGUCGGCGGUUUAGGGACGGACGGCACUAAAGCGCUUCGGAAGUGACCAUGAAUGCGAGCGUGUAAUCAAGUCACCGUGCAAAUCGGACAAGCCACUAGGCAGGCACAUCCACGGCAUCAAACCCGGGCCCCGAAGGAGUUCCGGCUAGGGUCGGAGGCAGAGGUGCUUCCCAGAGCAAGUCUAUGGGAGGGGGGGCUGCGAAGAAGGGUUGCAAAUGCGAGCCUCCAGGAGAACAGACUCCUAGAUCACAGGUCACACAGCGACGGGCUCCCACCUGGCUAUCCCCAGCCCAGGGCAUCCCUCACCCACCCGGGGAGCUGCGGGUUGGCGGGGGCAGAACAAGAGUUGAGUUCUCACCGCCCUCCGCACACUGGAGAACCAGGACCCUAAAAUUGAGCACUAGCAUGCUGCAUGGGGGCGCACCCCAGCCUCUCUGCGCGCCGGGAGGCCCCCCAGCCAACAUGAGUUACACCGGCGAUUACGUGCUUUCGUUGAGAACACCGAGUGACGAUCUGUUGCUUCCCCUGAGGUGGCUACAAAGAAAGGAAGCCGGGAGGGAGGGGAGGGGAGAAAAAAAAAAGGAAAGGGGGGUGGAAAAAGGCCCGGACUAGCUCGCAGCUUGUCAAUUUCAACAUCGGGUCACAUGACCAGCACCUCCCUGCUAAGGAUGGGGAUAGAUUUCCACGUCAGCUUACGUCUCCAAAUUUCUACUUCACGGAUCCGCUUCAAAGAGGCAGCUGCAGUGGAGAAUCAUGUUAAGCUCGGCUACUGCGGAGAGCCCAAGGUAGCCCAAUGAUGGAUUUUGAUGAGCGUGGUCCCUGCUCCUCUAACAUGUAUUUGCCAAGUUGUACUUACUACGUCUCGGGUCCAGAUUUCUCCAGCCUCCCUUCUUUUCUGCCCCAGACCCCGUCUUCGCGCCCAAUGACAUACUCCUACUCCUCCAACCUGCCCCAGGUCCAACCCGUGCGCGAAGUGACCUUCAGAGAGUACGCCAUUGAGCCCGCCACUAAAUGGCACCCCCGCGGCAAUCUGGCCCACUGCUACUCCGCGGAGGAGCUCGUGCACAGAGACUGCCUACAGGCGCCCAGCGCGGCCGGCGUGCCUGGCGACGUGCUGGCCAAGAGCUCGGCCAACGUCUACCACCACCCCACCCCCGCCGUCUCGUCCAAUUUCUAUAGCACCGUGGGGAGGAACGGUGUCCUGCCACAGGCUUUCGACCAGUUUUUCGAGACGGCCUACGGCACCCCGGAAAACCUCGCUUCCUCCGACUACCCCGGGGACAAGAGCGCCGAGAAGGGGCCCCCGGCGGCCACGGCGACCUCCGCGGCUGCAGCGGCGGCGGCCACGGGCGCGCCAGCAACUUCAAGUUCGGACAGCGGCGGCGGCGGCUGCCGGGAGGUGGCGGCGGCGGCGGAGGAGAAAGAGCGGCGGCGGCGCCCCGAGAGCAGCAGCAGCCCUGAGUCGUCUUCCGGCCACACUGAGGACAAGGCCGGCGGCUCCAGUGGUCAACGCACCCGCAAAAAGCGCUGCCCCUAUACCAAGUAUCAGAUCAGAGAGCUGGAGCGGGAGUUCUUCUUCAGCGUCUACAUCAACAAAGAGAAGCGACUGCAACUGUCCCGCAUGCUCAACCUCACUGACCGUCAAGUCAAAAUCUGGUUUCAGAACAGGAGAAUGAAGGAAAAAAAAAUUAACAGAGACCGUUUACAGUACUACUCAGCGAAUCCGCUCCUCUAAGGCUCCAGCAGCUGGAAUUGGGUGGGGGGCUUCAUACACAGCAGAUAAUAUGCAGAUUUUGCCCUUGACAAGGUCAAGCCACAUGGUGACUUUUGAGAAAAGGUGUGCAAGAGAGGGAUGCAUGGAGAUAGCCCCACAGGAGACGGCCUGGGACUCUCUUGGUUAAGAUGUUGGUGGUUAAGAUUCCUAAUAAUCAUUGGAUUCUGAGAGCUGUGCAUCAGCUAGAAUGACAGGUUUGGGACCCCUGGUGGUUCACUCUUGGAACCUGCAGAGCUGCGGGCUGGGUGUGGUCUCCACUCGGGACUGGGCCCCCUGCCAGGUCCCCUGAAGGCUAACCCCUCCACAUCCUCCCUCUACUGGGAGCCUUCCCACCCCCAGGACCCCUGAGUCAAAAAGCUGUGUGCUCUCCAAGCCCAGUUCAGCUUGGGGACAGGGGCAGGAGGAAGGGGUAGGAUUACUAGGUGCCCAGAAUGAGGCUGCUUUCCAAAGCCAAUGUGAACGGCGGCUGGACUUAGAGGUGGCUAUGAGGUAGAAGAGGGCUGCAAAACCUUGUGGGAGAAGAAAUCUGUGAUUCCAGGUGGUGUUCGUGUCUUUUCACUCCUCCCAGCCACCCACCACACUGAUCCAGGCUUGAGUUCCUAGCCACCGCCUCCUACAGCCCACCUGGUUUUCCUUUCUACCAAAUAAGGUUCUUCGCUCCAGCCUGCCACUCAGGCCCAAAGCCUCAUCGCAGAGUGGAGUGUUCCCUGAGGUGGGAGAUACGGAAAGGCCAAGAGGCUGCGGCCAGACCACUGGCCCCUGAGAUCUCCGCAGGAAAUGGCUGUGGAGUGUGGCAGUUUGGCGAAGUCUCCACCACACUUAAUGAAGCUUGGAUUUGCUCAGUGUCUGGCUGCGGAGCAGCGGGCCUGGCCAGCAGGUCCCCAGCUUUGGCUAUGAGGGCAUUGAGUCCCCCAAAACACCGGGUUCCAGCACCACACUCUGCCCUCAUUGGCUCCGGAACUGAGCUUGGAAGUUCCCGGUGACCCUCCAAGAGCCUGAGAGUGAGGUGGAAUUAUUUUAAAAGAUAAAUGUUUAUUAUAUAUAUAUUUCCCUGAAGGAACCAAAGCGAAUUUUAAAAGAUGCAAUGUAGAGGGGAAAAAAGAUGUUGGAAAUAUUUAAAGGCUCUAUCUGUUUACAGUGUUCCAUGGUUAAACUCGCUCACUGCUAAGAAUAUUUGAAUGUAUGCUUCAUACAGGGAUGGUGUUCAAAAACUUGUAAAUAAAGGAACCAUAACCAAU